AUGGCACGCCACACCAUGGAGGAGGACUUGAAUAUCUUGGAGAUGAACACUGAGCCUUGUAAUGACAGCAAUGCUACAACUGCAAAGACAGCACCGCCACAGGCACAGAACAACCUCACAUCUUCAGCUGUCACAAACAAGUGUCCAUUUUUGGUCACCAAAGUUCGCUUCCAGAUGCUUAGGAGUUUCACAGCCAAUUUGCAGGAGGUCGUUUUUGGCACUAAGCUUGCUGUGCUUUUUCCUGCUGUCCCUUUAGCUGUUGCUGCAGAUUUUUAUAGCCUUGGAAGGCCUUGGAUUUUUGCUUUGAGCCUGCUUGGACUCACCCCGCUAGCUGAACGUGUCAGCUUCCUUACUGAGCAAAUUGCGUAUUACACUGGCCCCACAGUUGGAGGGCUUCUAAAUGCAACCUGUGGUAAUGCAACUGAGAUGAUCAUAUCUUUGCUAGCACUUCACCAAAACAAAGUAAAUGUCGUGAAGUUCUCCCUGCUGGGUUCCAUUCUCUCAAACCUUCUAUUAGUUCUUGGAAGUUCACUCCUCUGUGGAGGCUUAGCCAACCUUAGGAAGGAGCAAAGAUAUGACAGAAAACAAGCAGAUGUAAACUCACUGGUUCUGUUGCUAGGUUUGCUAUGCCAUUUGCUGCCAUUAAUGUUCAGAUAUGCCUUAGCAGGGGAAUAUCCUUCUAUUGCCACUAGCGCUCUACAAUUGUCAAGAGCAAGCAGCAUUGUUAUGCUUCUCGCAUAUGCCGGAUACAUCUUCUUUCAAUUAAAAACACAUCGACAAAUUUUUGAUGCACAACAGGAAGUAGAAAAUGAAGAUGAAGAGAAGGCUGUGAUAGGAUUUUGGAGUGCAUUUGCUUGGUUGGUUGGUAUGACACUUAUCAUAUCUCUGCUUUCUGAAUAUGUUGUUGCAACCAUUGAGGCUGCUUCAGAUUCAUGGGGUAUCUCUGUUAGCUUCAUUAGCAUAAUUUUGUUACCAAUUGUGGGAAACGCUGCAGAACACGCUGGCUCAAUCAUAUUUGCUUUUAAGAACAAGUUGGACAUAUCAUUGGGAGUUGCUAUGGGAUCUGCAACUCAAAUUUCUAUGUUUGUGGUUCCAUUAUGUGUGGUUGUUGCAUGGCUAAUGGGUAUGGAAAUGGAUUUGGAUUUCAAUCUUCUUGAAACUGGGUGUCUUGCUUUCACAAUUAUUGUUACAGCAUUUACUUUGCAGGAUGGAACUUCACACUACAUGAAAGGAGUGGUGCUUUUCCUGUGUUACAUUAUCAUUGCUGCAUGCUUUUUUGUUCACAAAACUCCACUCAUAAGCACCACGUUCAUUAGUAUAAAAUGGUUUCAAUAUGGGAGGGAGGGUCAGCCAUCUAGAGUCCCCCAUCGGGUAAUGGCAACCAUAGACGAGACAAACCAUGUUGCUGUCAUCUUUGGGGUCACUGGACUUGUUGGGAGAGAGUUGGCUAGGAGGUUUCUGCUCCAAGAACCUUCUUGGAAGGUUUAUGGUAUAGCUAGAAAGCCUGAAACACCACCAACCCUUAUAAGCCCUUGUUACCAUUUCAUCUCUUGCAAUUUACUGAACCCUUUGGAGACACAGCAGAAGCUAUCUGGCUUACAAGAUGUGACUCAUAUGUUUUGGGUCACAUGGGCUAGCCAGUUCCAAUCAGAGACUCAACAAAGUUGUGAGCAGAACAAGGUCAUGAUGUCCAAUGCUUUGAACUCUAUGCUCUCAAUAGCCAAGAGUCUAAAGCAUGUUUCCCUUCAGACAGGAACCAAGCACUAUGUGUCACUGCAUCCCCCCUUUGAGCAAGAGAAGCUCCACUGUUACUACUACCAUGAAGAGUUCCCCAGAAUGAGCAGAUCCCUUAAUUUCUAUUAUGCCCUGGAGGAUUUGCUCAUGGAGAAACUGAGUGGUAAGGUGUCUUGGUCUGUUCAUAGGCCUGGUUUAUUGUUGGGUAGCUCUGUUAGAUCAAUUUAUAACUUCAUGGGAAGCUUGUGUGUUUAUGGGGCUAUUUGUAAACAUUUAAGGCUCCCUUUUGUGUUUGGGGGGACAAGAAAGUGUUGGGAGGAGGCCUAUAUUGAUGGAUCAGAUGCUAGGCUUGUAGCUGAUCAGCACAUUUGGGCAGCCACAAAUAGUAAGAUAAUUUCCAUCAAUGGCCAAGCCUUCAACUCAAUCAAUGGCCCAACUUUCACAUGGAAGGAGGUUUGGCCAAUUGUUGGGAAGAAAUUGGGAGUGCAAGUUCCACAAGACAUGUUUGUGGAAAACUUUUGGUUUUCUAAAGCCAUGACUGGGAAGCAGAAAGUUUGGGAAGAGAUUGUGGAGGAAUAUGGGUUGGUUCAUACAACUGUGGAAAAUUUGGCUAACUGGGAAUUUUUAGAUGCCUUGUUUCGUUUACCUUUCAAACUCUUGGGGAGCAGAGACAAAGUUGAUGGACUUGGUUUUGGUGCAAGGUAUAAGACAUUGAAUUCAAUAUUGUAUUGGAUUGAUUGCAUGAGAGAUGAGAAGCUGAUUCCCAAGGCUUCUUGGUAG